CUGAUUUCAAACAGAGCGCUUUCUCUCUCUCUCUCUCUCUCUCACUGUUCUUCUCCCGACAAAGAUUGCCCUAACUCUCUCUCUCUCUCUCUCUCAAAUCAAAGAAUGUCGAAGAUGAGGUCGGUCAAGAAACCUCCGCUUGCGAAAUCGCCCACCAGGAUUCGACCCAGCCGGAUUCCCCAACAGAAUACCACCACCCAAACACCUCCUGGUUCUCUGAAACCGAUCCCUAAUCAGUAUUCUGAAGAUUCUGGUUACCACACGAUUUCGCGUGAGUUUUGGGCUCUAGCGAAGCAGGUUCGAGUCGAAUUCGGAAACGAGGCGGAGAAUCUCAAGCUCAAGACUGGAGCUUUAUCAAAUCCGAGUUCGAGUGUGAUAUUCGAAAGGGGUCGAUUUUACGAUGAGUACUCUGCUAGAAGGAAUGAAAGAUUGAGAAGGAAAAUGGGUAUUCAAACAGGUGAGGUGAGGAGUGUUAGUAAGAGCACGCAGAAUCUGGGUGUUAAUUUUGAAUCUGCUAAGAAAACUAGUGCUAGUACUUCGAAGAAGAUUGGGAGCUUGAGGAAAUCGAUCUCGGCGGCUUAUUCGGCGGAGAAGACGAUGGAAACUCCAAGGUAUAUGUUGCGAAGCAUGAGCAAGGAGAACAAGAAACCACCAUUGCCUCUCUACUCAGAGAAAUCGGCCAUUCCCAUUGGAGCUCGAAGAGUCAAGAAAAUCUAACCCUACACCAUUGCCUCUCUACUCAGAGAAAUCUGCUUAUAUUAGUAUUGAUUUUUCAAUCUUUUAUCUUCUUGUUUGGUAUUGUUAUUGAUACAGUGAUUUUGCUACUGCAAAACCCCAACAUUCCUAUGUGAACAUUGUUGUUAUUAAUUGAUAUUAAUCACAAUCAAUUACUAUUACUACUACUAUUGAAGGGAAA